AACAUUUUAUUGUGACAACGACGGACGAGUAAUCGCCCUUUGCUAAAAAUUCAAGAUGGCAGCCACCCGUCAAGUCAUCGAUCCUGAACUCUCAAACGCAUUCGCUGAGCUCUCUUUGAAAAAAGCUCAGUCAGAGAACCAGAUUCGGAUUUCCAACUCACAGAUUGAGAACCUGACCCGUAAGAUUCAGCACUCUCAUCUGGUGGAACAGGAAGUGAAAAACCUCCCCUCUGACGUCCGCCUGUACAAAGCUGUCGGUCGAAUGUUUUUGUUGCGGUCACAAGAUGAACUCAAAGGGGAACUGAAGGAGAAGCAAGGCUCAUUUGCCGAAAAAAUCAAGUCUUUAGAGUCAUCGAAAGAGUACCUCCAGAGGAACAUUGAGGAAUGCAAGAACAACGUGAGGGAGCUGGUGAUGAGUAAACAGAGCUCUCGAUGAAGGUCGCCGCAAGAAGAUAGAUUUCUGAACAUUUUAUGAAAUAUAGGCUGGGCUUUGUGACAAAAGGUAGUGGUAGGCCUAUAGACCUAUACCGUUCCUGAAAAACGAAAAAAGUUAUCCAAAAAUUUAAUUUUGAUUCGCAAUCCUGGAUGUUGGAAAAAGCUUCAUCGAAACAGCACAGAAUCAUUUUUAAUUUUAGCAUGUUUUAUAACGAAAUAUGUUAUUCCAGUGAAGAUUAAUUAAAGAUCACUUUUGCAGUGUAAAUGGAAAAAAAAUGCAGAAGUUUGAUAAUUGGGGUUAUCUCAUUUUGCCACAAAGCCCGUUAUAUUGUCUGUCCGUGUGCUUGUGUGUCCGUGUGCUUGUGUGUCCGUGUGCUUGUGUGUCCGUGUGUGCGUGUGUGUCCGUGUGCUUGUGUGUCCGUGUGCUUGUGUGUGCGUGUGUUUGUGUGUCCGUGUGCUUGUCUGUCCGUGUGCUUGUCUGUCCGUGUGCGUGUGUGUCUGUUGCUGGCGCACCGUGUAAUUUUUUACGCGCGUGUGAAUGAUGAGAAAAUUCUAAAGUGUAUAGUGUGCUGUUUGAAGAGUAGUAUUGUGUGUGUGUAUAUAAAUAGUAUGUCGGUUGAGCUCUUCUCUUGUUUCCUGUCGCAUGUCGUGUGCAAGUCUGAUCAACGCCUGAGUCUCAUCAUGUAUCAUCUCCUGGGAUGGAGCCAGAGGGGUGGGGGGAGGGGUGGAGGACUAUGUCAAGUACAAGAGUCGAAA